ACUAUUUAAAAUUAUCUUUUGAGAUUUUUAAUGCAUUUUUUUUCUUUGACAACUGGCAACACUAAAUGUCACUUGUGUCACGUUUGUUUGCUAAUUUCAGUAGAGGAUUUAUUUCAUAAGACACUGUUAAAAUCGAGUUUUACUAAAAUUCAUAAACAAUAGUGAAAAUGCCCGAACCACCGCGAUUACUCGUCCUCUACGGUAGCCAAACUUUCACAGCUCAAGAAAUCGCUGAAAGAUUAUGGCGAACAACCAAAGCUUUAGGAUUUCGAGGUCCAGUUCAAGCGAUGGACGAUUAUCCCAUUCAAAAGCUUAUUCAAGAAAAAUUUGCGCUCUUUGUGUGUGCUACAACGGGCAACGGAGACGAGCCUGAUGAUAUGAAGAAGUUUUGGAAGUUUUUAUUACGUAAAAACCUUCCUUCAAACUCUUUGGUUAAGCUCAAGUUUGGGGUUCUGGGAUUGGGUGAUUCGACGUAUUCUAAAUUCAAUUUUGUUGGCAAGAAGCUGCAUAAGCGGUUAAUGCAGUUAGGGGCCACGCCAUUAGUAGAUAUUGGUCUUUGUGACUAUCAACAUGACUUAGGCCAUGAAGGUGUGAUGAUUCCAUGGUUUAAAAAAUAUUGUCAUGAACUCCAAACAUUCUUCCCUCAGCUACAAAUAGACGGUUAUGAACCAAAAUUCAUUCCUCGCUGGAAAGUAUCACUUAUAAAAGAUUGUGCUGAUAUACCAGAAGAUAAAGUUAUGGAGGAUAUUUAUUUUGCUAAAGGCAUAAAAGAUCAUUUUGUUGAUGCCAAGCUUUUGGAGUUAGAAAAAAAUAUAAGAACCACAGACAAAUCACAUUUUCAAGAUGUAAGAUUACUAACAUUUACCACACAAAACAACACAACCAUAGAGUAUGAACCGGGAGAUGUGUUCAACAUUAGGCCCCGUAAUGCUAAAGAAGAUAUAGAAGAUCUGUUUGAGAUCUUUAAAACACACAAUAUGGACAUAAAACCUUACUACAGGUUAUUUGUAGAAGAAUUUCAUGAAGACAUGCCAGUACCAGAUUUCCUAAAGGAACCCCUUACAUUGUAUGAAAUAGCAGAACAAUAUUGGGACCUAAAGUUCUAUCCUACUCAAUACGUCUUCUCUCUUCUGGCGUUAGUGUCGGAGGAUAAGUUAGAGCGAGACAAAUGUUUGGAGCUCAGUUCGGCGCAGGGGCAAGAGGAUUGGUUGAAUUAUUGUAGGAGGCCGAAGAGGACUGUUCUUGAGGUUCUUCACGAUUUCCACAAAUCGGCAUCAAAGUUGACCAUAGAGAUAUUGUUUGAAUUGUUCUCACCUAUCAAACCUCGGUCUUUCUCCAUCGCCAGCAGCUCCCUGCCAUCUGGAGGCCGAAAGGUGGAUUUACUAGUAGCGGUAGUAAAAUAUUACAGCAAGCUCAAGAAGCCACGUUUAGGUCUGGCUUCCAAUUGGCUGAAGGACCUGAGGGUGGGAGACAAGGUGUACGGGUGGAUCAAGAAGGGGACCAUGCUGUUCCCUAAGGAUACGUCUACCCCGCUAAUUCUAAUCGGGCCAGGCACCGGCCUCGCCCCAUUCCGCGCUCUCAUACAACACCAACUGCACAACAACACAGCUGAUAAGCACACAACCCACCUGUUCUUCGGAUGUCGGUAUAGAGAAAAGGACUUCCAUUGUAGGGAGGAGAUAGAGCGGUGGGCGGGUGAGGGAAGAAUUACCCUGUAUUGCGCGUUUUCGAGAGACCAGGAAAAGAAAAUAUACGUACAGCACAAAAUCGCAGAGCACAGCUCAACGCUCCGCCCUCUAAUAAUGGACCAAAAUGCAUACAUCUACAUCUCUGGCAACGCUAAAAACAUGCCUGACAAUGUGAGGGAGGCUUUGGGGGAAAUAGUGGGGAAAGGGGUGGUUAAGGCUUUGGAGGAAGAGGGGAGGUUGCAGGUUGAAGCGUGGUGAAUCCGGUGCGAUAUUAACUUUAAAAAUAGUGGCUCUGUUAGCUAAAAAUCCCAUUUUCCUCUCUGGAUAUGGACAUUAUGAAAGAUAUACCAUAGCUAUGCCCCUGUUUGAUUUUUCUCGAUUUUUGACUGGAUAACAUCUUUGUUUUAAUUCUAUCUAAAAUAUCUGUUUUUUCGGAUAUUUAGUUUUGUAUUAUUCGAAUAUUAUCGCAUAUUAUUAUUGGCGGAUAUUCGCCACAUAAAUAAAUAUAUAUAUUUUGAAUAUAAAUAUAUAUAUAUUUAUUUAUAUGGCGAUUGCAAACCCUUAACUACAGCUAUGCCCUUUUGACUUUUCUCGAUUUUUGACUGACAAAAUCAGAUGAUCAAAAUGAGAUCGACGAAUUGAAAACUGGAAUUUAAUACGAUAUUUACCGCUAGAUUUUCGGUAAACGUCGCGAAGUUUGUAUAAAUGUGGGAAGAAAUUAAAAGCAUGACUCCACAACACAGGCAUAGCCUAGUGUGGCAGUCAUAGGUUAAGGAAAUCUUGUAAAAUUUUUGGUAAAUAAACUAUUUUUUUUUAUGUGAAGUCUUAAAUUCGUUUUAGCUGCGUGGGGAGGCUAGACUAUUAUACCAAUACAAGACCAAAUGUAAAUAUAGAUUGUUAAGGCACACAGAUAAUGAAAUAUUGUAUUUUUAUGCAUUUAUAGAAAUAAAACAAAUUUUCGAACUAAUAA